GCGUCAGCCCUCCCCCGCCUCCCGCAGUUCCGCUCGCCUUUCCUCUUCGACCGCUGAUUCCGUUCUGUCCCACUCCCCCCACCUCGCCGUCGCCCUGUCCGCCCUCGUGUACAGGACUAGUGGACUACAGUGUUGGUUUGAAGAGGCGUCGUUCAUAAUACUGAAGCUAUGGAGGAUUCUGUACAAGUUGCAUGUGUAAUAUCAAAUGCUACAGAUGCUGCAUUUCAGAUUUACUCCUUGAGGCGAUCGGCGUAUGCUGCUGUGCUGAGAGCAUUCUGUGCUCAGUCAGACGUUCUCUCAAUGGGCAAAGAAAGAUGUCUCACUGAACUUAGAAAUGAGCUUAAAAUAUUGCAGACGGAACAUGCAGAAUGUCUUGUGAAAGCCAGAUCAAAUAAGCAAAUCAAGUCUUUCAGUGCCAGCUUGCACUCCAAAAGAAACACUUGCAGUACUGAAGUUAUAAAGGAUUUUCCAGAUCUUCAAUGCGUCCUACCAGAUACCCGAGAUACUGUGUUUCAGAUUCACUGCUUGGAGCGAUCAGCAUAUGCAGCAGUGUUAAGAGCUUUCUGUGCUGUGACAAACCACCUCUCAUUGUUACAGGUCAAGAUUCUAUCUGAACUAAAAAAUGAACUUAGAAUAUCGCAUGGUGAAUAUAAAGAAAUUCUUAUGAAAGCCAGUGUAAAUGAGCAUAUCAAGUCUUUGAGGAAAUUUAGUUUGGCAAAGCUAUCUGUUGUUACAAAGAACGAUCCUGCUUUUGAUGUGCAUGCUAUGCUUCAUGACAAGAUUGGCUCAACUGGUGAGGUUUGCACUUCAUCCACAAGCUGCCUCAGUUUGAUACAGCAAUCACCAAUAUCAGAGAAUUCAAUGUCCUCCACAAGAGACAUUGGGUUAUCAGAUAGCUCUAAUGGAGCCAAAGAAGGACCUAAUUUUGAAUCCCGCACAGUGGUGUCUGCUAAAAGGUUGAAAACUGUGAAUGGGCAUGCACCAGCGUACUUAAAAUGUGGCCCUUCCAAUCAGUUACCUGUGGAAGUUUGUGCGAUGAUGGUGAACGGUUGCACUGCUGAUACACUUGAUUGUGAGACGUUAUGCUGUCAAGUGAAGUCUGGAUGCGUUUCAUCUCCCAUUUUUCAAGAAAAGCACAGCCGAUUGAAUGCUGGUCAAAGUUCUUUAAGUGUUGACCAUGCUAGGAAAGAAUCAGAGAAAAUGAAAUCUGAAGCGCCUGAGAUGAGUGUAUCUGAGAGUCUGGGUGUUGUGGACAGGAAGUAUGAGAUUGAGUACCAGAAGGCUAAGAAUAAGGACUCAGAUUUAGAACAUGGUUCUGAAAUAAUUAAGCUUUGCCUAACUGCUAGCCUUCUAAAUAAGGUUGAAAGGAUAUUUAAAGAAAAUCCAGAUUCAGCUAAUUUAGAGAAAGCAAAACUGACACUUAAAGACCAAGAAAAGGACCUUUUGGAUGCACUUGCUAAGCUUUCUGAAGUAGCAUAUGAUGUUGUUUAUUUCGGUGCUGACCACAACCAUCGGCCGGUCAACCUCAAAAAGCACGACGAUGGCAAGAGCACCGAGGCGGUGCUGCCGAAGCUUGUGAGUUCAAGCGACGAGACGUCGCCUGAGACUAGACUGGGAGACUGUGGAACAGAAAACAAGGUAAAGAUCCUAAUGGCCGUGGGGCCGGCCUCCGCGCCGCUGGCGGCGCCACGCAAGAAGCGGGUCUGGACCAAACUCACGGCAGAACAGAAGGAGCGGAUGCUGGAGUUCGCGCAGCGUUUUAGGUGGCGCGUCCAUAAGGCCGGCGCGGAAGCUGUCGACGCCUUCUGCGCCCAAAUCGGCGUCACCCAGCGCGUCUUUAAGAACUGGAUUAACAACAACAGGCACCUCGCCAAGAUCCCACCCUCGGCCCUGCCGUCGCACCACCAAGACCACCCGGCCGCCACAGCGCAGGGGUCGAUGACUGAAGAAGGCAAGUCUCUUGAAGCUGAAGUUGAUGUAUCUGCUGAUGGCGGUAAGGAUGGCGAGAAUGAAGUUUCUGAUCCGAUCUGAAAUAGUAGUAAUUCAACGAGGAAUGGCCCAUCGGGCCAGAAAGCCUAACAAGCGCUGCGGUGGGCCAGAAUGGAUUAGCAUUUAGCAAGCAGCCCAGACCCAGUACGUGUGCCCGGAGAGAUAGCUGGAGCUGCAAAGGAGUGAAGAGUACCACUAAAAUAAAGUAAAGAGGAAGAGGAAGCUCGAACGAGCAGAGGAGAGCUGAGCCGUCUCCACGACUCCACAUCAAUAUAGUUACCCUAUAUAUACAAUUCAGGAUUCUGUGUCUGAGCAAUAUAAGGAGGCACUGUUAUAUAUAAGUAUACUCCCAUCUUUUGUCC